AAAGAUGAUUUUGAAGAAAAUGAUCCAUCAGACGAGGCUCAAACGCCCGACGUCAACUCAACGGCUGUUGUUAAAUACACAAAAAUGGGACCGAUUGAAACAUAUUCAACGUUAGAACUUAACACGGACAUAAACCAGCCUCCAGAUAAUUGGCUUCACGACAGUCUUCAAGGAAGGUUUAGUAACUGGACCUCAGCCAGACAUGAGCCUCCAAAUGACUUGUCAAGUUUUAAUAUGGCCCAUUCAUUUCUGGAAAACAUUGACGAUGUUGACGUCAUCUCAGACGCAGAGAACAUAAAGAAAUUGUUAAAGAUGCCUUUCAGCAAAAAUGGAAUAAGUCUGAGUGUGAACAAAGUUGGUAAAACAUUACUUCUGGAUGAAUUUGAUGUUCAAAAUGUCCUCAGCCAGGCUGCACAGAAAGAAAAACUUGAGGAUAUGCAAUGGCUACAAGAUGUUUUCAGCGAAGAGGCGAAUAUGGAAAAGAAUCAAACCUCGCUUCGAAGAAAAAAAAAUCCAAGAGACAGUCGAGAGAGAAAUAUGAUGUCAAAAUUCUUGUGUUACAGUUCCCCUGAUGUAAAUAUUGAGCCAGAUCAAAAUCAGUUUUCAUCAGAUAUUACAAACCAGUCUCAUAAUGCAACGAACAUUCAGACCAUUCAACCAUCCAGUUCCUGUAGAGACCUUGUGCCAUUUCUCCCAGAGCCUUUUCCUAAGCCCCAAGAAAAAUCACGAUUCCAACGAAAUGUUUUAUGGAAAUUUGAAGACACAAAAAUGUUGAUCGGUUCAAAUAUGCCAAUAUUUGGUGGUGGGAAAUACCCGGCUGUCAGCCUGAGAUUGAACGACUGCUCCAAACCUAUCAAUGUUUUGACCGGCCUGGAUUACUGGCUUGAUAAUUUGAUGUGUAAUGUUCCUGAGGUCGUUAUGUGCUUUCAUAUGGAUGGUAUUGUGCAGAAAUACGAGCAUUACAAAACAGACGAACUUCCACUUAUCGAAGGAAGUCAAUUCUCACCUGGGGUAAUCAAAGACGUGGCUAGGAAUAUUCUAUCAUUUUUAAAAUCCAACUGCACUUUGGAAGGGCACACGUAUUGGCUUUUCAAAGGCCACGGUAGCGAUGUUGUGAAGCUUUACGAUUUAACUUCAUUAUGUGACAAGACCUCAGACGAGUCGGCUAAUCCGUUUAGCAUACCAGUAGCAAUGUUACUUUACAGAGUGGCAAAAAACAUGAUGAAUCAGACUACGAUUACAGACAGGGAGCAAAAUAUGGUUCAAGUUUUGCUGACAAACUGUCUUGAUCUCCUUAACAACGAGCCUCGACCUGACGACCAUCUUGAGAUAAUUACGUCAUCGCAUUACCUCCUAGCUGAAGUGUUCUCAUUGGCUGAUCAGAGAAAUGAAGAACAAAUUCUAGGAAAUACAGCAACUGAGGAAGGCGCUAAUAGCGAAUGUCGAGAUGACGACGCGUUUCCCUGGCCUAAGACGUUAGCCAUCAGCGAUCUCUCAAAAUCAAACAAUUUCGAAGAAUCAUUCGAAGAGGUCGCUGUUGAUGUUCCAGUGAACGUUCAUGAAAAACUCCAAAUUUCAUUGUCGCAUGUUGUUAAGGCUUUGAAAAGUCUUCGCAGGUCUUUGGAAGAUCGUAAGUUCUCAGCCAACGAGACUAAACGUCAAACGGUGCUGCCCAGUCGUCCCUACAUCCUAGCAUUACCUGACGCGACUUUCACAGCGAAGACUGGUGAUGAAUUUGUCCCCCACGUGACCGAAAGUGAGAGUACCGAUGAAAUGACCCCCCUGAAUUUCAACUUCCGCCAAUGGCAAGGCACCUUUGAGUCCGUUCUGAUACGUAAAGCCGCUGGACUCUAUUCGGAUUUAGCAUCGCUGGCUCACUCCGACCGCGCCCACGGUCUUGCACUGCGGUAUCUUCGGCUAUCCCUUCUACUGCUGUCUUCAUACCGUAAUCUUGAAUGGGUGAAUUCUAAUCAAGAGUUGGACCUAUUACCCACAGUGCUCUGCGGGUGUGGUGACGUAUACAUGUCAAUGGCGAAGUCAGGUGAUCUCACGCAGUGCUUGGAAGCAAGUGAAAAGGAUUAUGGGACAGCAAACGAGUGUGAUUUAUAUUUCGAUGCAAACUAUAGAGUUGGCAAUGAGAAAGUUUACCAACUUCAAGUUGACUUUACCCCUGAUGUUGAGAAACUCUUGCUGAAAAGUGAAAAUCUUUAUAAGCGAGCUUUAGACGUUUCAAAUGACUCCUGUCAAAUUGAGCGUCUAGUAACCGUGACCAGAAGACUGGGAAAUAUUAGAAAUGAACUUGGAAUGCUUUAUAUGAAUACCGCUGUUGAUAUGAGUGUUGGCGCGAAUGAUGAAACACCGGAACUUUACUGGAAGAAAAGUUUGGAUGCGUUCAGCGCUGGGAUACGAGCCUUUGAGGCCGUUGAUGACAGACAGAACGUGGCUCUUCUUCACUCAAACUCUGGUCGUUUGAUGCGUCUUUGUGCGCAAACUCUUUUCAAUCAUUCUGACAAACAGGGAACAAUCAGCGCCCAGGAAAAGGCUUACUACAUUUCCGCUAUUGAACAUUACCAGAAGUCACUUAUGAAACUGGGGGAGCGAAAGUCAUUCCCAGAAGUAUGGGACCAAGUCACGUGGGAUCUAUGCGGGACUUAUUACACGAUGGGAACCUUGGUUCAAGAUUAUUUUUCAUUGGAAGAUUCUGAAACUGAAACAUGUGAGAAAGAAGUGUCAGAUUUGAUGUUCAAAUCUUUGAAACUUUGCGAAGGUUUGAAAUUUUCAAACGAGGAGAUGAAUUCUGACGUGAAACAUCGAAUUGGCUCGAUUCACUAUCGUCUAGGUUCACUGUAUCACAAUUCUUACAGAAUGUUGUCUCCGACCGACUCAAACUCGAAAAAGAAACGGCACCUCGCGGAACUUCACUACAAUAAAGCCGCUGACCAGAUUGACGUGACGUCAUACCCGACCGAGUGGCUCAGACUAAACCUGGAACGAGUGGCCUUGUUGGAACACCAGCUCAGCAGCGCGCGAAGCAAAGGGAGUGGGGCAAGUAAGAUCUAUGAUUCGAUAUUGGAGCUUUUAUUGGAAUCAAAGCAUGCAUUUGAAGCAUAUAAAGGUGGGACUGAUACGUUUUUAUCGCGUGAUAACGUUGUGUGUGAGAGAAUGGGUCCUAGUCUUGAGGGAAAACUUCAUUUUUCUGGGGAAACAAAGUCUGAAAAUUCCAGCAAAAAUGAAAAAAUUGGGGAAGUUUUAACCAGUCAGAAACAGCCUGUUGGCACUGCCGAUAAUUCUGGCGACAACUCGGCGCAAUACGGGACAAAUUAUUCGGCCAAACAGGACAGGAAUAAUGAACUGGGAAAUACGGUUGAUGAUGACGAUUCAAACGAAUUUUUAAAUCUUCUUCAAAUUUUUGAACAAAGAUUGAAAAAUUGUCUGAAGGAGAAUCUUAAACUUCGUACUGGUGGUAGAGCUACCGCGAGCACGCAGGAGAAAGAACGGGAGAACGUUCUUAAACGGAUAUUCGAGGUCACGCUUCGGGCAAGCGUGACACGGAAACCCAAAACGUCGAGUCCAGCAGAGCUGUGUAAAAAUGUCUUGGAAACUAUCGCCGUUAUAGAGAAAUUGCUAAAUAAUACUGAUAUAAAUUGAUUUAAAAUUUGUAUUUAAA